AUGGAACUCAUGUUGUGGUUCAUCAUCUCCAUUCUCAUACUCUCCCAAGCAAAGGCAGCAGAAGAAGAAGACAAGGCAGCAUUGCUUGAAUUCGUGCAAAAGCUACCACCUUCAAGGCCUCUCAAUUGGAACGGAACCUCUUCCCCAUGCACCUCUUGGACAGGCGUAACCUGUGACCGACAAAGCUCACGUGUCAUAGCCAUUCACCUACCAGCCUUCGGAUUCCACGGACCCAUCCCUCCCAACACCAUAAGCCGCCUCACGUGCCUCCAAACGUUGAGUCUCAGAUCCAACUUCAUCACCGCUCAUUUCCCUUCCGAUUUCUCCAAUCUCAAAAACCUCACCUUUCUCUAUCUCCACUUCAACAACUUCACCGGCCCCUUACCGGAUUUCUCCCCCUGGACAAACCUCUCCGUCCUUGACCUCUCCAAUAACCGAUUCUCCGGCCACAUUCCUCCGUCGCUCUCCACCUUGCCCCGCCUCGCCGCCGUCAACCUCGCCAACAACUCGCUCUCCGGGGAAAUCCCACUCUCUCUCCAGAGGUUCCCAAAGGCCGCAUUUUUAGGCAACAAUCUUUCUCUUCAACUUCAACCCUCUCCGCAUUCUGUCAAACACCGCCAAACGACGCUGCUUUCGGUUGUUGUCGCUGCUGGUGUCUUCGCUCUCGCGGGAUUCCUUGUUUUUGUAUUUCUGUGGUGCUCCAGGAAGAGAAAAGGGAAUGUUUUUGCUCGGAAGUUGCACAAGGGGGAAGUCGGAAGCGGCGAGGCGAAUUUGAAGCGCGAGAGGAAGAUUGCGGCACCGGAAGGAGGGUGCGGGGAAGGAGGUGCGGGAAAGGGAAACGGGGAUGCGGGUUUGGGGGUAAUUUAG